UGACGUCAAACUUAACCGGAAGAGGAUGCCGUGUAAAGUGGAAUAAACUCACACCGGCUUACUGUGUCUCUGACGGGUUUCUUGCUAAUGGCAGCUACACACAGUGGGUCCCCGAAACAUCCGGGUACCGGAGAUAACAGGAUCACUUCAAACCCCCAGGAUGAUGUCAGUAACGUGAAGGAGAGCAGCACGCAGACGGAGGGCAAAGUGCAAGGUCAUGGACCAAGACUGUCCAAGAUUAACCUGUUCACAUUACUGAGUCUCUGGAUGGAGCUUUUUCCCAGGAGGAAAUCUCAGAGACGAGACAAUGCAUCCGUGCAAGUCACUGGCCUGGUGGUGGUCCAUGAACAAAGAAUUCUGGGUCUUCAUUGCUCUGGAGCGGAGCUUCAUGCCGGUCAGGUGGCGGUAAUCAGACAUGGGCCCAGACUAAAGCGCUGUGAUCUUUAUUUCUCUAGAAAGCCUUGUUCUACCUGCCUCAAGAUGAUCAUCAAUGCUGGUGUGAACAGGAUCUCAUACUGGCCUGCUGACGCUGAGAUCAGCCUGCUGUCUGACAGAAGCAGUGCCGCAGGUUCUCGUCUCCAGGAGGCCACGCUGGACGCCGUGGCCGCCGAGAGGCUCAAAUCCAGCAGCAGGCCACACAUCUGUGUGCUGCUCCAGCCUCUAGCCAACUCCAUGCUUCAGUUUGUAGAGGAGAUGUCCCGCAACAGUGAUUUUCUGGGCAGAAUGGCAGCAGAUGAUCCCUCUCUGGACGUCCAUGAAGUCUUUAGGAAAGAGCGCUGGAGGAACUGGGAAAGUUUUUCUAAAAGGUUUGUGAUUGACGAUGCGGAGGUGCACAGGGAGCUGCUCAGUAAGAUGAACCUGGAGAACUUUUGCACAGAACCAUAUUUCAGUGAGCUGCGGCAGCACAUGAGGGAUCUGAUCAGGAUUCUGGCAUCUGUGGCUGCAAGUGUUCCCGUUCUCGAGCACGAAUAUGGGUUCUAUGAGACAGAACCCGUAAGUGGUGAAUAUAGGACAUUAUCUGAGGAUGUUGUGAGACACUGCAUCAUCCAGGCAGCAGUGCUGGCAUACAGAACAGAAGAUCCUAAAGUGGGAGUGGGCACAGUGAUUUGGGCAGAGGGCAGACUGCCUCAGUGUGAUGGCACGGGGAACAUGUACCUGGUGGGAUGUGGUUAUAAUGCCUAUCCUGUGGGCUCUGAGUACGCCGAGUUUCCUCAGAUGGAUGACAAGCAGAAAGAGAGGCAGCGGCGUAAAUACCGUUACAUCAUCCAUGCUGAGCAGAACGCGCUCACUUUCAGGAGUGCGGACGUGAAGGAGGAAGAGAACACGAUGCUCUUCGUCACCAAAUGCCCGUGUGAUGAAUGUGUGCCUCUGAUCCAAGGGGCCGGCAUCAAACAAAUCUACACCACAGACCUGGACAGUGGGAAAGACAAACACGACAUUUCCUACAUCAGUUUCAACCGGCUCCGCGGCAUCCGCAAGUUCAUCUGGCAGAAGUCAGCUCUCUUCAGAAGUGUUUCCGAACAAACUGGUCCACAUUUAUCAAAUGGCUGUGUGAAGAACAGAAGAGAAGAAGAGGUGGAUUGCCAGAGCAAUAAGAGACUGAGAAACUGAGGAAUCACUCAUUCGUUUGGGACUAAAGUGAAGCAGUUCUUAACUUUAGUCCUGGAAACCCUUUGGCUUACACUUGAACGUUUCCCUUACUACAACCCAUGUCAUCCAACUGACUGUAUAAUUAUGAAGACGUUAUUGAGGUGACGUUACAGCAGGUGUGUUGAGGGCAGAGAAAACUAGAUCAGCAAAAUGUCAGUUACAUAUUACACGCAUGUCAUAGGAAACAUAUUUGUAGAUCAUUUACAAGAAGAAGAACGCUUCCGUGGGCUAGUUGAACUGAAUUUUUUGGCAGAUGUAAUUAUUGUUCAGCGAAGGACCCAAGGAUUUAAUGUGUACAUGAAGACCCCAAAGCAAGCACUUACUCAUGACUUGUUAAAUCAAUUCAUAUGCACACAAAUGUCAUGCAGGGUCUCGCACAAAGCCCAGCAGGCGGUACAUUUUAAUGAUCAAUCAUAAUGUUUUAUUUAUUUUAAUAGAUUUUUGGAUCGUGUUAUUGUUCGAUAGUUGUCCGUUUCAGAUUUAUCCGGCACUGAAUAGAACAGAUAUUACCAACGUUUCCGUCUUUAGUAUGAAGACACAACAGAACAGAAAGAAGAAGGCAUGCUGAAUUUGUGAAGAGUAAAAGCACUCGUUUUUCAGCUUGUGCUGGACUUUUUUUCUGCUUACAUCUGAAAAUGCAACACACACACACACACACACACACAGAAUCAGGUUUCAUUUUUGACAUGACACACUGAAAAGCCAAACCGUCGUUUGACCUCUUCAGCGGUCAUCAGGAUCUCGGUGUUUAAGAAAUGCAGCGCAGAAUUAAAAGCGUUUCGUUCCUCUGCACUGCAUUUCAGUAGCGACGUAGAGAAAACGCGACAUGCUGAAAAGCAAAACCUUCGUUGCAUUACUCUUAGUUCAUUUCAUCUCUCCGGUUUAACUCUUAAACUCGUGUGACAAGUGACUGUUUCCUCAGUGCAUCACAGCUCAAGCAGGUAUCACUCGGGCUACGACUACAUGUUAUUAGUUACAGACACACCUUAUCUCUGAAUACGAGACAGGAAUGAUCUAAUCGACGGGUACAGCCACGCCCCUGCUCAAGGCUGUGAUUAGACAGUAUUUCGGUGCAGCACGAGUGAUGAGCCUGUUUGAUGAAAGUGAAAUGCAAUGCACAGAGGAAUUACAUUCGCAUCCGUCAUGCAGUGUUUUAAUCUUCCCAUCUGAUAUCGUUGUUCACUGAAGAGGAUAACGAGAUAAAGAGAAGCAAGGGCAAUGCAAUGGUUUUGCUCGUCAGUGUGUAAUGUGUUCAGAAUUUCACAUAAACUGAAUCGCAGUUGCGGUUUGCUUUAAACGUUGAGUAAUGUUCACUUUUGAGAAGCAUUCAGUGUUUUAAGUCUUUAAAAACGCACAUCCUGCUUAUUGUUUUUCCACUGAAGAGAUCGAAUGACGCAAGAGUAAGAGUAGUGUGUGUGUGUGUUUGCCCUCGCCCUCAUGCCAAAAAUGAAACUCAAUAUAUUAAUGUGGGUGAAGUCUUGUGAAGCACUUACCCAGGUGUAAACAGAUUAAACCUCCUCUGUGUGGUUAUACUAGAAAUAUACAUGUGCUUACACACAAAAAGGAUUACUGAUAAUGCUUGAAUUUUGCUUUAUUGGUGAUAUGGUACAAUUAGCAUUGAAGAAGGAAGGAUGCGACAUGGGUGGAUUUGGGAAAGAUUUCAGACUUGAAAUCUCAAGGUUUAUUUCCAUUACUUGUGUAUGUAAGGAUGUGAGGAUGUUGAAUAAAUUUGGCGCAGGUGUAUAAUAGAGGUGAAUGGUUCCCAUGGUGAAGGGUUUAAUGUUAACUUUACAUUACACAAUACUGACCAGCCUGCAGCCUAUCUGAGCUCUGAAUGCUAAUUCAAACUGGGAGGCGCAGAAGCAAUGCCAAUAGAGUGUGAUGUAUCUGUUCAACAUUUGGCCAUUAUUUACCGUCGAAUUUUGAUUUGGUUUCUUAGGGCAAUUUCUUUGUUGUAAUUAAAGUAAAAAUAUUAGUGGAAACAACUUGAAACAAA